CGACAGAUUUUUGCGAAGACUGUUUUUUUUUGUUUUUAAUUUCCUUUCUUCAUCAUCAUCUUUUCCUUUUUUGAAAAUGGAACGUUGAAACAAGGGACUCUGUUUCUUGAUCUGAAAACCAUCAAAGAAAUGUAUGGGUGUGCAGGUCACACGCAGAGCAAGAAAGAUUUAGCGGUGGAGUACCAAUCGCAGGUACAAAUUCUGCGGCCGAGCAUCCACGCGCGGCGGGCGAAUUUGACGGUGAAGUUCCAGGAUCUGUACGGAUUCACGGUGGAGGGGAAUGUGGACGACGUGAAUGUGCUGAACGAGGUGGCGGAGAAGGCUAGGAAGAAAAGCAAGGUCUGGUGGGCAUUCGAGGCCAGCAAGGGCCCCACCUGGUACCUGGACACCCGUGUCUCCGCCGCCAAGCUCAAGCUCUCCGCCCUCGGAAACGCCAUCGCCCUCAAGCGCCUCAUCCGCAAGGGUAUUCCUCCCGCCCUCCGACCCACCGUCUGGUUCUCCCUCUCCGGCGCCGCCAAGAAGAAGUCCACUGUCCCCGAUAGCUACUACGAUGACCUCAUCGCCGCCGUCCACGGCAAGGUCACCCCUGCAACCAAGCAGAUUGACCAUGAUCUGCCAAGGACUUUCCCCGGUCACCCAUGGUUGGACACUGAAGAGGGUCAUGCGGCUCUUAGGCGUGUUCUUGUUGGCUAUUCUUUCCGUGAUUCUGAAGUUGGGUAUUGUCAGGGGCUAAACUACGUUGCAGCUUUGCUGCUGCUAGUGAUGAAAACUGAAGAAGAAGCUUUCUGGAUGCUUGCAGUCCUUUUAGAGAAUGUGUUGGUUAACGAUUGUUAUACGAAUAACUUAUCCGGAUGCCAUGUUGAACAAAGAGUGUUUAAGGAUCUGUUUACCAAAAACUGUCCAAGGGUAGCGUCUCAUUUGCAGGCCUUGGAGUUCGAUGUUUCUCUUGUUUCCACAGAAUGGUUUCUUUGCCUCUUCUCCAAAAGUUUGCCUUCUGAGACAACGUUGCGUGUUUGGGAUGUGCUAUUCUAUGAAGGAGCAAAGGUCCUAUUCCACGUGGCACUGGCAAUUUUCAAGAUGAAUGAGGAAGAGUUGCUAUUGACGCAUCAUGUUGGCGAUGUGAUCAACAUCAUACAAAGAAGCACUCACCACUUGUUUGAUCCCGACGAUUUAAUAACGGUUGCUUUUGAAAAGAUCGGCUUUAUGGCAACAACCAACAUAUCAAAGCAGAGGAAGAAGCAAGAGUCGGCAGUCAUGGCAGAUCUUGAUCGGAGAUUUAGACGGUUGCAUCCUUUAAAUGGCACAGAGGAAUAAUACAAAACAUCGGCAUGCGCACAACACAGGCAUUGCAUUGUGUUCGGGGGCAACCAUGUAAGUGGUGGUGGUGGUCUGGAGCAAGCAACAGAAGAUGUCUGCUUUUUUUGGGUCAUGCCAGUCACACCAUAAAUGACACAAAGGUUGACAUCGCCAAUACUUCACAAAUAAUGAUUUCUCACAGACAAUGACCGCUGUUGGUGAUUGUCUCUGGUGGUGUCAGAGUGUCAUUCCCGAGGUUAAAGUAACAUUUUCACGGUGUUUUUGGCAAAUAUAAAGUUUCCAAGCUGUUCAACUUUUAAAACCAACUGAUACUAUUGUGAACCACUGCAAUCACAGAAGUUGAGAAUCUUUUGGUUGCUAACCAAAGAAUCACACUUCUUAUCAUCUUAAGAGAAAAAAAGAUUCAGACCCAUGUGAAAAGUACACAAUCUUGUUAUGGGAAU